GGCCACGCCAAUUCGAUGGAGGGCGAGAUCGUUCGGACCCUCAACGAGCUGUACCUUGGCCAGCCCUGGCACCCCGUCAGCCAUCCUCAGUCCAUCACUGCGGGCCAGCAGCAGGCCUUGGACAAAGCGCGCGACGCAGUCCGACGGUUCGGCGCUCCCCCGGAGGGAUUGAUUGGCUCAGGGGCCCUUGAGGAGCUCCGAGUUCUCAGCGACCAUGCUGGCGAGAACGCCACCGUCGCUCCGCUCGACUUUGAUAAUAUCAACAGCCUCUCUCUUCCAGACGGGGGCUUCAAGCCAGUGCCGCUUGACACGCUGGGAGGAGAUGCUGGCCGCAGGAUAGUCGAGCGGUUUCAUGAUAUGAUGUUGCCCCAGUCGGGGUGUCGAGCUCGGAUCGAGUCCGAGGGCCCCCGGAAGCUCUACACCGACCCGGCGCUGAGGAACCCCAAGCUGCAUGUCCCCGACAAGGUCGCUCUCGCGUCGAGGGCGACCUUCGCCGGCCUCCACGUGGACGGGGGCAAGCCCAUCGCGGUGGCGGAGGUCGACCUGGCGGAUGCGUUCUACACGAUGCUGCUGCCGCCGAAGUUCAGGAGGUACUUCGCGCUGCCUGGCUGCCGCGCUGGGAUGCUGGGCCUCGAGAGCACCAUGGACGGGCGGCGCCUGGUUGGGACCGACCUGGCGCACCCGUGCUUCAGGCGCCCCCCGAUGGGCUGCUCCUUCAGCCUGUGGAUCUGCCAGACGAUGCUGGAGGGGAUGGCCCUGCAGGUGCCCCAGCUCCCCCUCGCGAACCGCUUCGUGGACCGCCGACCUGUGCCGCAGGUGUCCGAGGGUGUGAUUCACACCGAGUACGUGGACACUGCGAUCAGCCUCUCGACCAACUUGGAGACGGCGGCCGCCGCCGCGUCGGCCGUGGACUCGAAUCUUCGCGCGGCGGGGCCCCCUACCCAGGGAGUUGAGUGUAGUUUGGGCGCCGUGGCGCUGGGCUGGCAGUUCGACGAGAAAUUCCCGAUCAUCGGGCUGAACCCAGCGCUCCGGUGGAAGCUGAGGCUGGCUUUCUUGGAGCUGUGCCAGAGGGGCCGCACGGCGCGGCUGUGGCCCUCCUGCCUCCGCGAGUUUCGUUGGUGCGCCAGCCUUGGCGCGUUCUGUUUCCGGGACGCUGGCGCCGCGUUCGACAGCACGCUCACGAUGGUGGACUCAUCGCGGUGGGGAGUUGGAGUCACUCAGAAAAAGUCGUCAGCCUCGGUCGCUCUUGAGCUCUCCAAGUACAAUGAGAGAUGGAGAUUCAGUACUCAUCAGGAGUCCGAGGUGUCACAUAGGCCCCACGCCUUCAAGUCGGCGACCUCCGCCAACCCCUCCACCCCAGAGUCGAUCAUCACCAUCGACUGCUCCGGGAACCCGAAGGCCCCGAUCAAGGAGCCCCUGGAGGUGCCCGUAGAAGAGCCUGUCAAGGAGUCCGCGGUGAAGGGGGUGCACGCGGAGGAGGAGAUGUUCAAUGACAUCGAGGAGGAGGAGGAGUUCCCCGAAAUCCCAUACGACGUCAGGGCGAGAGGAACCUGCCGGGCGUGGGCUAUGCUGCGGCGGCGGCAGAUCCCUGCUGCCUCGGCGCCGCCGCUGGCCGCCCCAGCCCUGGGAGCGGGCACGGAGGGCCUGCUGGCGAGAGCUGGCCCGACAUCGGGCCCCCGCCCGGCCUCGAAGAGGAGGCGCGCUGGCCCUCCGACUGGGCGAGCCUCCGCGACGGCAGCCGCAAGCUCGGCGGGGCCUUGGGAGCUGGCAGCCGAGCCGUUGGACCGCCCGGGCCGGGCGAGCCGCCGGCGGGCGAGGCAUCCCCAGGGCGUUAGCUGGCGGGGUCGGAACCAGCGUUCGUUCCUCGCGCUGAAGGCCGUUGGGGACAGGACCGCUUUGGACUACCAGGUCCGAUACCAAGCUUUCCUGACUUGGUUAGCGAAUGCGGGCCUGUCGGUGGCGACCGUCACGGACCUGGAGGAGGCGCUCCUGCAGUACUUCAACCAGCAGUACUUCGACGGCCACGACUCGCCGGACGGGCCGAAGCUGGUGGCGGCGGUGGCGCACUUCCGGUUGGACCUGGCGCCGAAGCUCGCCAACCUGCCGCGGGUGCUGAGGGCGCUGAAGGGCUGGAAGACUCUGGCGCCCCCUCGCGCCCGCCUGCCCCUGCCGUGGCCAGUCGUGGCCCUGGUGGCCGACUGGAUGGUGGCGAACGGCUUCCUGGCCGCCGCCCGAGCGACCGUGCUGACUUUCGCCCUCUACCUGCGGCCGUCGGAGACGCUGUCGUCGCGCGUCAAGUCAGUCGCGCGGCCGGUCAGGGCCAGCCCACGGCAUCUGAGCAAGUACUCGAUCCUGCUGCUCCCCGCGGAGCUCGAGGCGAGGUCGAAGACCAAGGACUCCGACAUCAGCAUCCUGUUGGACAACCCAGAGCCCAGCUGGGUCGACCAGAUGCUGGAUCGCCUCGUGGAGGGACGCGCGGUCGACGCGCCCCUGUUCCCCCUGGACAUGAGGUCGUGGGCGCGGGCGUUCCAGCAGGCGGGCGCCGCCCUCGGACUGGGCGCCCUCGGCCCCCCGGUGCUGCACCAACUGCGCCACGGGGGGGCCAGCCACGAGAUGCUGCCGAACGCCCGGGAGUUCGGCGACAUCAAGAAGCGCGGGCGCUGGGAGGCCGACAGGAGCCUCAAGCGGCACGCGAAAGGCCCUCGGUUGCGCCGUGACUAUUGGAAGCACCCUAUGCAGAACCUGAGCUCCUGGGCCCACCUGUCCGACUCGAAGGUGUACCUGGAGAUCUUCAGUGGCUCUGGGAACUGGCCCCGGGCGCUGCGGCGAAGCAUGGCCUCUCGCCUGGCGCAGCGGGUCUUCGAGCUGGACGUGGACCACGAGCCGAUCUUCGGUGACCUCAGCCGACGGCGAGCCCAGGGCGCGGUGCGCGGGUGGCUCCGCGGUGGCCUGCUGCAGGGCGUCUGGCUUGGGAUGCCCUGCAGCUCGUGGUCGCGGGCACGGAACCGGCCCAAUGGGCCACCAGCCCUGCGGGACGCCACCCACGUGCUCGGCCUGCCCAACCUGUCGUCGGGCGACUCUCUCAAGGUCGAGACGGGUAACCGGCUGUCGCAGUUCACAUUCAGCCUCUUCCUGGAGCGUGCCAGGCGCGGAGUCCCCGCAGCAAUCGAGAACCCAUCCACGUCGCGG